AUGAGCGGUUAUAGUCUUCAGCGGAAUGCUUUGGAAGCCUGUGAAGAGAUGAUAGCCUCUAUUAACCUUGCUAAUCAGAAAGAGCCUAACGUUUUCCCUAAGUCACGCCGAGUUGAGGCUUUAUCUAACAUGUCUAUGAGGAACUUCAAGAUGCAUUUCAGUCAACAAGGCGAGUCUUCUGAUUCAAAAGCUGAGGCAGAGCUAUUACAAAUUAUGUUAAAUAAGGAGCUUCAUGCGGAAGAGUUUGCUAAUCAAGUAGCCUUAUCUCCUCCAUAUUUUUGUGGGUCUCCUCCGAUCCGGACUGCUAAUCCCAUUGUCCAGGAUGCUCGAUUUGGAGAUGAGAAAAACACCCCUAUAUCAGCAAUUUUAUCACCAACAGGUUUAUCAUCUCCAUCUUUGGCAUCUGUCAAUAGAGGAUGUGUUAGGGUGAGUCUUGGACCUAAACCAGCGGCGGUUAGAGUAGAAGGAUUUGAUUGUCCCAACAAAGAUCGCGAGAAUUCAGGGGUCUCGGCUGUUGCUUAA